AUGUCCUCUGAUAGUUCAGAUGAAGAUUUAGCCCUAAUAAGAGAAGCACAAGAUCCUCAGUUUUUUAAAGAAAACCUAUACAGUUCAAUACAAGAAUCAAAAGAAAAAUUACAGCCUGUUGUAGAACUCGCAAGUCUACGUAAAACUGUAGACGAAAAUGAACAGUUCAACUUCCUUAAAGUAACUCCAGAAUUUCAAAAAUACGUAGCUAAACAACUAUCUUUCAUUUUGGAUAAACAGUUGGAAAAAAACAUUAAUUAUGCCGUCGAGGAUAAAGUUGAUAGAAAGAAAAAGAAGACUACUAGUGGCGUUAAGUUAUUUUAUAAUUCAGACAAGUUAUUGAAAGCGGGUAAAAGUGAGGAAUUGCCUAUUGAUCAACCAGUGAAGAAAUUCGUAGUGAAACGCAAUAUACUAGUGAAAGAAGAGGAUUUGAAGAGUAUAACAGUGUCUGGGGCGGAAAUUUUAUCACAAAAAGACAUUAAAUAUUGGUCGAACAGAACAAAAUCUAAAAAAUUAUUCAAUUACAAACAAGAUAAAAAUGGUACAUUACAGUUAGUUGAAUCGAAGUUUAUUUAUUAA